GCAUGUGGUUUUAUUAAUCUUGUUGAAAUUCACCACCGCUGCUGUCAUCCGCAUCAGAUGUUUGACAAGUUUAUCUUUUACCAUUUUCGCACGUUCGUCUUUCAGCUACAUUAUUAAGCUUCAUCCACGGACACAAUAAAGUGAAAAUGUUUGGCCGUCUUGCUACCGUUUCGCGCACCGGAAUGACCAAUUUGGUGCGCUACUCCCAUUCCCAUGGUGGUAUCCCCGGAGAGAAUCUGCCGUUCAGUCUCGAGAACCGCUACAAAUUGACGGCGAUGUUUAUCGCGUUCUUCGGUUCCGGCUUGGGACUGCCAUUCUUCGUCUUGCGCCAUCAGCUGUUGAAGCAAUAAGCGAAAACCUGUGCUAAGCGUAGUGCGUAAUCCGGCUUUUAAAAUUAAGUUGAAAGAUUCAGUAAAAAUAAAGUGGUUCAAAAGAUGUGCUAAUAAAACCUGAAAAAAACUGA